AUGUCUUCCUACGAGCCCAAGAUCCUCUUGAUCGGUGCAACCGGCUAUAUCGGUGGUUCUGUCCUUCACCAUCUCCUCAACCACCCCUUCCUGGCCUCGAAGUUCGACUUGAACCCCAUCACACUCCCUAUCCGCGGGGAUGGCAGCCGCCAAAAAAGGCUCACCGAAACCUACGGCGGGCGAGUAAAGCCGGUGCAAUUCGACUCCCUCGAUGAUAUCAAAACGGUAACGUCGCUUGCCUCGCACCACGACAUCGUCAUCAAUGCUGGCUCCGGGUUCCACCCAGCGUCCGCAGAGGCAUUCGUCCGCGGCCUUGCCAGGCGUAAGUUGCAGACCGGGGCGCCGGUAUGGAUGAUUCACACCUCGGGAUGCUCAAACAUCGCCGACAAACCCAUAACAGGCGUCGCCCGCCCGGACGCCGAGUACGAAGACGCCAAAUCUGAAGAGGUGUUUGCUUUCGAGGAGGCCGAGAACCGACUGGAUUGGUACCCCCAGCGCGCCGCCGAGCUUGUAGUUCUCAGUACGGGGGAGGAGCUUGGGGUCAACGCGGCAAGUAUUCAGUCUCCAUGUAUCUUCGGCACCGGGACGGGGCUAUUCCAACGGGGAGGUUUGAUGAUUCCAAUCAUGAUGGCGUUUGUGCUCGACCGUGGGUACGGGAUCACUGUGGGUGACGCCACGGGCGUAAUUGACUGGGUCCAUGUCGCGGACCUUGCUGAUUUAUAUGUUCUUUGUUUGCUCGAUAUUGUUCGUCGUGGAGGAGAGAAUAUUCCAACGGGGAAGAAGGGUAUCAUUUUCCCUACAGUGGGUAGGACUUUGACAGUUGACAUUCCGAAGAGGUGUCUGGAUAUUGCGUUCGCGACUGGCAACCUGCCUAAGGAGGGAGGGCCGCAGAGGAAGGAGAUCCGAACGAUCAGCAUCGAGGAGGCUGCGGAGACGACGGCAGGGAAUGUUGCCGUCGCGGAGACGGGCUACUGUGGACACAGAAAGACGAAGGGGACAGUUGCCAGAGAUAGAUUGGGCUGGGAGCCUGUACAUCUUGAGGAGGCCUGGGAUAAGGAGUAUGAGAGUGAGCUAAGAGCUGUGUUGAGCGGGCAGAGGUUCUCUACCAUGGGCUCUUGCAUUGCUAAUACGAAGUAG